AUGUCGUGGCUGACGAAAAGCGAGGGGGAGGGAGCUCAGACGAAGGAAACCAAGCUACGCGACAACGGUUCUAGCGACGCAGGAAACGAGCAGGGCACCGCUGCUGCGCUGGAGCUGGCAGCCGCCGUUAUCGCAGCUGGCUUGACGUCGGGGUCAUCUGAUUUGUCUCGGAGAAUGAUGGACACCCUCCGUUGGGAGGGACAGGCUCCGCCCUUGGAAGACAAGCUGGUUGGUAUCGCAAGUCGAGUGAGGUGGAUGUACCUUGUCCGUCUUGCCGUGGAGCUCGGUCUCUGCGAUUUGAGCGAAUGGCAAGAAGUUUCGAACCUGUUGGCCGAACCUAAGAAACCGAUCGACUUAGGAAGUCUUUACGAGACCCGGCAAGGUAUCCACGCUUUAUUCCAUGGCUUCCGUGGCGGCGACGGUCCUCUCCUUCUUGACGGUGUUUUUCCGAGGUCGACGGAAUCACGAGGGGAGCUGGUAAGCUUAAUAGAACGGGGCCAAGCUCGCUUGGCGAAGUUGAACGUACUGCUACGCGCCCUCUGGAGCGAGUCUGCGGGCACUGGACGCGGCAGUUUUGAAGAUCGCACGGAAGCCCUCAACACUCUCGUUGGGGUGAUGGUGGGUGAAAGCCAACUCCACCCAAACUUUGCUCUGAAGCUAUUCUCCGCUCUGGGUCUUGAUGUCAUUCGUCGAGCCAAGUCCGGUCCCGAUAAGGUUCCGCAAUCUCUCCAGGGCGACAUCGCAAACCUGGGCUUGUCGUCCGGAGGUGUGUUGAGCGAAGCAAGUCAACGAGCGGCAUUGGCCGUGACCAAGCUGGCCGCACUUGCGAGAAUUUCGGAGGCCCUCAGCAAGAGUCGUGACGAGCUCUCCCUUGAUGUCGCGCAACGCGGCGCAGCACUCCAGGCCGAGCUUCGGGUGCAAGGCGGCGUUCCGGAUGCCGCGAUGGUUGGCUCGAAUCACAGCAGUGAGCAAGCGCUCGCAAGUCCUACGGACCGGCGUACACCGGAUCCUAUGAAGCAAGACCGCCAUCGCCUCGAUGCGAGAGGAAAUUUGCUCGAAAUCUUUGCCAAGAUAGCCAGCGCCAUGCCUUGUGAUCCCGACCAGGAUGUUGCAAGCGCCUGGCGCACGAUGCAGGCAAGGAUAGAAAGACCGCGCGGUGACGAAGAGGUCGAGUUGGAAGCUUUCGAACUCGCUAUGGACGCCCAGGCGUUAGAGACCCUUCGGGAGAGUCUACUAGAGGCCAUCCACAGGCCGGAACGCAACCUCUUCGACCUCCCCGUCAGCGUCAACGAAGAGAUCGAACAACCUCUUAGCGGCGGAAUACGGCUGAUAACUGCACCGCUGUCUGGUUCAGAGGUGACACAUGACGACGAAAAGAAGGCCCUUCAACGCCAGGCAGAAGCGGUUCGGUACAAGAACGCGAUGAACAUCGUUGCAAGGACAGGGUUGGCUCUUCCAUCGCCAGCUGGAGUUGGGACUCCUUCCCUGACCGCGUUUGUGGCGGCAGCGAAACACGCGAAGAGGUGGAGAUCCGCGGCGCAAGACGAUGGGUCCGGGCUUGGUCGACCAGAACUGGAGCGCCUAAACUCUAUCAUGGAAAUGCGCAUUACGAACCUCUCUGACCAGCUCGCCACGCUCGUCCGAAGCAAGAACGUCGAACCAGGCACAGCAAAGCAGACGAAGGCGGACCAUGAGGUGGUGUUGUCUCCAGACGAUUGGGUUAAAAGGUUUGAAGCACUAUUAUACGGGAAGUUCGUAAAGGAAAGCAGGAACGAGGAACGAAAACGAGAAAUGGAGAACGAGGGCCCCUUGUUCGUAGCUUCGCCCCCCUGUUUGUAGUUUCGCGUCAGUUCGGUCGGAACAUCGCGGUUUUAUUUUACGUCGGAGGAAACGUGGACGAAAUCCAAGUUCGAUUGCUUCCUUAGAAGGCGUUGCUCGGGGAACAAAUACAUAUUUCGCUUCGUCAGCAGGGGUCAUUGGUGCUUAGUUACCUUUCUCUCUCGAGCGCUCUCUCUCACGCCCUCUGAGCGUCUCCGGAAGAGCUUUAGCGAGGCUGCCAGCCGAAAACGACAAGAGCUUCUGUCAGUGUGCAUUGCUCGUGUCAGCUUGAACUGUUGUUGUUGUUCUAGCUGUUGGUUUCAAACAGAGCCCGUGCCGACGUGUAUACGUGUGAACCCAAUGCCACGGUUAACCAAGCUGUCGAGGGACAAAUUGCGGUGGUUGAAGGCCACAAAACCGCAAAAACAAACCAUUCACUAAAUAUGAGGCCGAAUACCAAGGAAGCAUUAGACAAAGAGAUGUGGAAGACCAUUUCCACGAUGUUGCUCAGCGACACCAUGACUUUUGUUAAACCCCAGGGAAAGGCAGCGGCUCAACGCAAGGAUACGGAUACGCAAAGAAAAACUCCAUGGCAUGGAGACGAGGCUCCGGGAUAUAAGAAAAGGCGACAAAGGCAGAACUGGUGACGUGGAGGCUAUAUGGAUGUCGGAAGAAGCGAGACUUGAGAUGGAAACGAAUCUGCUUCUGAUUUCCAGGAAGAUUGCCAAGGCGAACUUUCUGCUGCGAAAAAUGCGGUCUCGAUGGGAUAUUUUCAGAGAGAGGCACAGGCAUCUGGCCCCUCUUGUACAUGACAGGCUGACCCAGAGCGACACGUUCAAGAAUGGAGCAUCUGGCGCCAGAGUAAUUACUGAGACAUCACCCCGUGAGAGGUCACAACGACCACCACCAACAUCGUCUUCCGUUGUUGACGCUCAGGCCGGAGGCAGUCGCGUCAGUGGUUGAUUUGCUUCUCGUCGCCGGCAUCGACGUGAGGGGCAACUCCCGCCGGAGGACAAGAAAUAUGACACGUUGUCACACGCUUCCCAAUCGCAGUGUGGAACUAGAGGAUUGGUAGGAGCAGAGCCUUGGCGGCAUCAAUACAUGGCGAGCGGUGAUUA